AGUGUUUACAUUCAACAUGUAACAAAAACGCGUACACAUCCACAAUCACAUCCGAUCACGUCACCUCCAUCUUCACGGAAAAACGGUCGAUCAUUACAAACACAAAGUGAGGCAAAAUAUAGCUCGCUAACGAUCCACAAUUGUGAGUAUUUUUAUCUUUAUUGAAUGCAAUGCAAAGAUAGCGGAUUACAAAACAAUUCAUGCGAACGGAUGCAAUUUAUAAUCAGUUGACAAAAAUGGAUGCAAAUUUGCGCCGCAUCGUAUUCGCGCGUGUAUCUUUAGGAUGGGCUGUUUUUAAUACGCGUUACGUACAUCUUGCAUAACAUUCUGUUUUUAAACAUUGCAGAUUUUGAAAGUAUGAACUGAUUUCUAAACUUUGCUUUGUUCCUUCUUCACACAGCCUUGUCAUUCAUUCAAUCCUAACCCGAUAGCCUAAUCCUCCACAAGAUCUGCUUGCAAAAAUGGUUCAAACCCGCGGACAAUCAACUCCUUCGCGUUCGCGUUCACGUAAAAAGAGUACAAGCAGUUUGAAAUCAGCCGCUGCUCAAGCUGAUACGCCAAACGGAAGUGCAACAAAAGCCGCAAUCGAGAAUACAACUUCCAAUCCCGAUACACCAACGCCUAAGCCACGCGGACGUAAAUCGACAAAGAAAGUUGCUGAUGAUUCCGCUUCUAAUGCUUCUACCACCAGCACUCCAGCAAAAAAGACUGUUCAACGUAAAACAUCAACUCGUUCAAUCAAAAAGAAGGAUACCAUGCUGAACCCUAAAACGACCGAAUACGAAUUCGGUGGUCCAGUUGGUGCUGCUGGUGUCUCCAUCUUGACACCAUUCUUUGCUUAUUUGCUGUACUUUGCAUGCAACGAAAAAGUCGGUUGCUCAAUCUUACCUCGUUAUCCCGAAGUGAUUGCUCAUCAAUUCGUUGCAGGCGUAAAAGAAUCUUUCCUUGAUUGGCAAGCAUGGGCGGUAUACUUUGGCUGGUAUGCGUUCUGCAUCGUUGCAUGGGCCGUACUACCUGGUCAACAAGUUCAAGGAACUGAAUUACGUACUGGCAAAAAGCUAGAAUACAAGAUUAAUGCUUUUGCUACCUUUUUGGCUGCUGCCAUCUCUUCAGCUGUAAUCAUCUUUACUCAAGGUGCCAAAGCUUUCGAUGAUUUGCUUUACGGUCACUGGCCCGGUUUGAUCACUGCUUCCAUCACAAUGGCUGUCGUACAAUCAAUUUACGUAUAUGUUGAAAGCUUCAAGGCUGACAAGUUAUUGGCAAAAGGUGGUAAUACCGGAAACCACUUGUUUGACUGGUUCAUCGGUCGUGAAUUGAAUCCAAGAAUUGGCGUUUUCGAUAUCAAAACUUUCAAUGAAUUACGUCCAGGAAUGAUUCUUUGGUAUUUGUUGGAUAUUAGCUGUGCUUGCCAUCAAUUUGUUUCACUGAACGGUCGCAUUACCGACAGUAUGGCUUUGGUAGUCCUUUUCCACACUUGGUACAUUGUUGACGCCCUUUUCAACGAGAGCUCAAUCCUGACACAAAUGGAUAUCACUACCGAUGGCUUCGGGUUCAUGUUGUCCGUUGGUGAUCUCACUUGGGUUCCCUUUGUGUAUGGCUUACAAGCACGCUACUUGGCCUUCCAUCCUAAGGAUCUGGGAAUCCUCGCAACAGUGGCCAUCUUGGCGCUCAACUUUACCGGCUACUACAUUUUCAGAACAGCAAACGGAGAGAAGAACGAUUUCCGUAAUGGAAGCAACAAGAAGAACUUGCAAUUCAUGACCACAUCUUCUGGUCGUAAAUUGUUAACAAGCGGCUGGUGGGGCAGAAGUCGUCAUCCAAAUUACUUUGGUGAUUGGAUCAUGGCUUUCUCAUGGAGUUUGCCAACUGGAUUUGAAACUCCGAUUACGUAUUUCUAUUUUGCUUUCUUUGUUGUCUUAUUGGUUCAUCGUCAGUUGAGAGAUGAUGCUGCUUGUCAACACAAGUAUGGCAAAGAUUGGACAAAGUAUACCAAAUUGGUACCUUCGCGUAUCAUUCCAUACGUUUACUGAAGAGUUUAUAUCCUACAUGAACUCAACAGUGUAUAACAAACUCAUCAACGUUUAAUCUUUUGCUGUCUGCAACGCCUACUCUCUCCUCGUACGACUCAAGAGUUGUACGAGAUUAAUUCUCAAUCCGUUUCUCUAUUCCAAGAUACCGCAUCACUCAAGUUUUGAUCUUUCAUACAGGAGAUCAUAUCUUGGUGAUUUUCUUCUUUCGUCCUGUCUUUUCUUUAAUGCACCUUUAAAAGUGUGCAAAUUCUCUUCUUCCUUGUGCUUUUUG